CUAGAUAACACACAAUUGUAUAUUGAAUUGAUUGAACGUACAGUACAUCAUGCUCUCUCGUAUCCUUCUCGUUAUUACUGUACAUCUUGCAUUACUAGGUUAUUUUGCAAUAAGAUUUGUAAAUUCGGCGACUAUUAUAAAGCGAAAUCAAUGGUCUUCAAUUACAAGUUGCCCAUGCAGUUGUUGUUUAUUACCCAGUGCCACGGAUUGUAAAACGUAUUAUUUAUGUUUAGAUAAUGAAUUAUUCGAAAGAAAAUGUGAAGAUGGAGAAUUAUUCAAUCCCAUUCUUGAAAAUUGCGAUUUUGAAGACAGAGUUAUGUGUUUAAUUACUACACCUUCACCUACUCUAAAUCCAUUCGAAUGCCCAACAGCUAAUGGAUUAUUUAAAAAUCCUGCCGAUUGUAGCACAUUUUAUCAAUGUUCUAAUUACAUUCCUUAUUUGCAUAACUGUCCAGCGAGCCUUCAUUAUAAUGAAGAUAAAGAACAAUGCGAUUAUCCCGAAAAUGCAAAUUGCGAUAACAGUACCGGAUCAAGAACAAGAAUUACAACAGCUCAGCCAGAAAUUGAUAAGAACUGUACACAACGAAGUGGGAUGUUUCCUUAUACGAACUCGAGCCUCUAUCUUCAGUGUGAAAAUUGGCAUGGAAAAGUUCGUUCAUGUCCUCCAGACACGUUAUACGAUUACGAAAAUUGGAUUUGUACAAUUAAUAAAACGGCUUUAGUCCCCUUAACGGUUACAGAAUAGUACAACAAUAUAACUACUUACUUAUAUUACACUAUUGUAUUUAAUACAUUUCUAUCUUAUUUAUUAUAAAUAAUAAUAAUUUCUACUAUUUUAUCAUGUGUAAAAACACUUUCUUUUACUUUUUAU